GACUCUGAAGGGACCCAAGAUGGCGGAAUACUCACGGGGGGGCAGUUAGCAGUUAUCUGAGCCAGACGUCGGGAAUGAAUGGCAAAUAGCUCUAUAAUGUAAAGCGUAACCUCGAAGUAAUUACACGACUGCAGUUUGUUGGUUUGCAUAUAUUUUUGUGAUGCAUGAGAAGCAGUGAGGAGAGAGACUCUCUCCGCGGCCCCGAGCCAGAACAAACAUGGCGGAAGACUUGGGGAAGAACUAGCCGCUAACGCUAGCUAGCUAGCUGUCGUUUUAUUCACACACGUUAGAAACACUGGGCCGGGAGAAACACGGUGUCCGCGCUCCGCAGCGGUGAGAUAAUGUUAUCGGUGCACGGCUCUGGUGUUUUCUCUUCAAAGGGUGUUUAACAUGAAUAUGUGGAGCGGAGGCAGUUAGCUGCAGCUAGCUGUUAGCUCGGUGGGUUUUCAGGCUGUAAGCGGACAAACUGUUCUCCAGCAGCAGGAGGACGGGUGACUGGUGACUGGUGGUGGUGGCUGGUUGUGUUGUUGUUUCAGGGCCACACACCGACACAGUGAGGGUUAUUAUCAGUACUCAUCCCCAGACUGUGAGCUAGUUCUCCGGGAUGUCUGUCAGCGCUUGUUUAGUCUAUUAACAGCUCGCUAAUGUCAGUGUCCUCCACUGUAGAUCAGCUGCUGCUAUGGUCUGUCUGUCCCUGUAAACCUGCAGAGAUAAGUUCACAGGCAGCUCGCUAAAAUAUUCACCUUUAGUCCUAGUAACUGUUGAAUCCACUGGUCCCGCUCCAGUCUCCUUUUUAAAGCAGCCUGAUUGACUCUAGUGAGGUUACAUUGAACAAGUGAUCAGGUGAAAAAGAGUGGAUUGAAGUUGUGGCGUCACUAGGUGAAGCAGGCUCCCUGUAAAAGCCCAGAAGGUCCGCCGGGAGGAGGAGGGGGGAACAGCUACCUGCCAGGAUGACGGACACUCGCCGAAGAGUCAAAGUCUACACCCUGAAUGAGGACCGACAGUGGGACGACCGUGGGACCGGGCACGUCUCCUCCGGCUAUGUGGAGCGGUUCAAAGCCACGUCUCUACUGGUGCGGGCGGAGAGUGAUGGUUCCCUCCUGCUGGAGUCCAAAAUCAAUCCAAAUACAGCCUACCAGAAACAGCAGGAUACAUUGAUAGUAUGGUCAGAGGCUGAAAAUUAUGAUCUAGCACUCAGCUUCCAGGAGAAAGCUGGCUGUGACGAAAUCUGGGAGAAAAUAUGCCAGGUUCAGGGAAAGGAUCCGUCAGUGGACAUUACGCAGGAUGUGGUGGACGAGUCUGAGGAGGAACGCUUUGACGACAUGUCGUCGCCAGGUCUGGAGUUGCCUCCAUGUGAAUUGAACCGCUUGGAGGACCUGGCUGAGCUGGUGGCCUCCUCACUUCCUUCACCACUACGGCGCGAGAAACUGGCGCUGGCUGUGGAGAACGAGGGCUACAUUCGCAAGCUGCUGGAACUGUUCCGUGUGUGUGAGGAUUUGGAGAACAGAGAGGGACUGCACCACCUGUAUGAAAUCAUAAAAGGCAUCUUCCUGCUCAAUCGUACUGCACUCUUUGAGGUGAUGUUCUCUGAGGAGUGCAUCAUGGACGUCAUUGGUUGUCUGGAGUUUGAUCCAGCGCUCUCGCAGCCACGGCGGCAUCGGGAGUUUUUAACUAAGACAGCCCGUUUUAAGGAGGUGAUCCCCAUCUCUGAUCCAGAACUACGGCAGAAAAUACACCAGACAUAUCGGGUGCAGUAUAUUCAGGACAUGGUGCUGCCCACGCCUUCUGUUUUUGAGGAAAACAUGCUGUCCACCCUGCACUCCUUCAUCUUCUUCAACAAGGUGGAGAUUGUGGGCAUGCUACAGGACGAUGAGAAGUUCCUAACAGACCUCUUUGCACAGCUAACAGAUGAGGCUACAGACGACGACAAAAGACACGAACUGGUGAACUUCCUAAAAGAAUUCUGUGCAUUCUCGCAAACGUUACAACCUCAAAACAGAGACGCCUUCUUCAAGACGUUGUCGAACAUGGGCAUUCUACCUGCACUAGAGGUCAUCCUGGGGAUGGAUGACGUUCAGGUGCGUGGGGCGGCCACGGAUAUCUUCUCUUAUCUGGUGGAGUACAACCCCUCCAUGGUACGAGAGUUCGUCAUGCAGGAGUCUCAGCAGAAUGAUGAUGACAUCCUCCUGAUCAACCUGAUCAUAGAACACAUGAUCUGUGACACAGACCCAGAGCUGGGUGGAGCGGUGCAGCUGAUGGGACUGCUACGGACUCUGGUGGACCCUGAGAACAUGCUGGCUACUGCAAAUUCCUACUACUUUCUUUUUCAGAAAACAGAAAAGACAGAGUUCCUGAGCUUCUUCUACAAGCACUGUAUGCACGUCCUCUCAGCUCCACUACUGGCCAACACCACCGAGGAAAAACCCAGCAAAGGUAUUGAAUACCUGCGAGAUGAUUUUCAAACAUCCCAGUUGCUGGCCCUGAUUCUGGAGCUGCUGACGUUCUGUGUGGAGCACCACACCUACCACAUAAAGAACUACAUCAUCAACAAGGACAUCCUCAGGAGGGUCCUGGUGCUCACUGCCUCUCAGCACGCCUUCCUGGCACUAUGUGCCCUGCGAUUCAUGCGGAGGAUCAUCGGCCUGAAGGAUGAAUUCUACAAUCGCUACAUCAUGAGAAACUUUCUCUUCGAGCCCGUCAUCAAGGCCUUCCUCAACAACGGCUCACGCUACAACCUCAUGAACUCGGCCAUCAUCGAGAUGUUUGAGUGUGUCCGUUCGGAGGAUGUGAAGUCUCUCACAGCUCAUAUAGUAGAAAACUACUGGAAAGCUCUGGAGGAUGUCGACUACGUCCAAACAUUUAAGGGCCUAAAGCUGCGGUAUGAACAGCAGCGAGAGAGGCAAGACAACCCCAAACUGGAUAGCAUGCGCUCCAUCCUGAGGAACCACCGCUUCCGUCGUGACGCGCGGACACUGGAGGACGAAGAGGAGAUGUGGUUCAACACGGACGAGGACGACCUGGAGGACGGCGAGGCGGUGGUCCCUCCCUCUGACAAGAUGAAGACUGAGGAAGACCUCAUGGAGCCUAUAAGCAAGUUCAUGGAGAGAAAGAAAUUGAAAGACACAGACGACAAAGAAGUUCUGGGGAAGUCGAGCCUAUCAGGCAGGCAGAACCCCAGCUUCAAGCUCUCCUUCUCUGGCUCCACUAAAACCAGCCUGUCCAGCCCUCCUUCGUCUGCCUCAUUGAACCCAGGAUCUCCAGGUUCUCCAGGCUCAGGGGCCCGGAGCUCAUCCUCCACCACAGCCGUCACCACAAAGGGCGGGUUAGUGGGACUGGUGGACUAUCCAGAUGAUGAUGACGAAGACGAGGAUGAGGAGGAGGAGGACGGGGAGAGUAAAGAGGACCCUCUGCCACCUUCCAAGAAGUCCAAACUGAGUUCCUAAAGAAGCUUCUCUGUCUCAGCUCGUCUCUGCUCGGACACUUUCAGCGCUUAGACUUUACACGGGAAUGAUCAAACUUGUAAACAAAUUAAAUGAAUGAGAGCCACCCGUCUGCGUCAGCGGGUGGCCAACAGAGGAGCGGACUGCCAACGGAUACCAAGCCUCCUCGGACUAGCCCACUUCAUACAAGUGCCAAUCAGGAAACCAGGAGUUGACAGAACCGUCUGAAAGGUGCAGCAGACGUUGGGGGAGAAACGGUCCCAGACAGUAGAGACAGGACGGAGUUUGGUUCUUAACAACUGGAGGAAAAGACCACAUUCAGAAACACAUGUACACAGACUGAAACCCCGGAGAGCUCGGAGGCUCCGACCAUAACCCACUGCCCCCCCGCCCCCCACUCAGGGAAGGACAUCACAGCGGCUCAGACGGGUCGGCCAAUCCAGACCCAGAACCACCACUCACCACUCACCCCCCUCCCCCCUCCCCCUCCUCAGAACUCACCUUCCUCCUUGUUUCUUUCUUUUUCUCCUCUGCUAUUUCUCCUUUCUUUGUCUGUUGCUUUUUGUCCUUAUUUUUUUGAGUUAGUAUAUAGGACCAGACGGAGGCAGCAUGUGGCAAAGAGAUGUCCUUGUUGUCGUUUGAUGAUGUCAUCCGUGUCGUCGUUCUUUCUCUGAAGAGAAAAAAAAAAGCCAGCAGUUUCUUCAUUAUUUUCUUUUUGUUCUCUAUUUGUCUCUCAAUCUUUCUCCUGUUUUUUGUAAAUGACAACAAAAAAGACCUGCCUUUAAAUGUUCAGGACGUUUUCAGUCACACUUGAACAGGUUUUUAAAGACCUCAGUAGGUGAGCUAGUUUUACCCUUUUUGCCCUUUGAAACUGCAGAUUUUUUGGAGAAUUUGUAAUCCCGUCUUGAUUAAAGAUUGAGUGGAAUUCUAGAUGUGAUGAAUUUUGUCAUAUCUUUUCCUUUUUUUCCUUUUACAUGAGUGUACACUUAGUUGUUCAGAAUAUUUGGGACCAUUAAAAUGAUCUUUGCUGUAA